AUGUCAGUUCAUAUUUGCUUUGAUUUGAUUGGAAAAACCACUCUUGCUGAUUCCGUUUUAGCUAGUAAUGGUAUCAUAUCUCAAAGACUUGCAGGAAAGAUCAGGUACUUGGAUAGUAGAAAAGAUGAACAAGAAAGGGGAAUUACUAUGAAAUCUAGUUCCUGUGCUGUUCAUUAUCAGAAAGACGGACAGAAUUAUUUAGUUAAUCUUAUUGAUUCUCCUGGACAUGUGGACUUUGCUGGAGAAAUUUCUACUGCAGUUAGAUUGUGUGAUGGAGCUCUUAUUCUUGUUGAUGUAGUAGAAGGAGUGUAUCCUCAAACUAAGGUUGCCUUGCAGCAGACAUGGAAGGAACAUAUCCGCCCUUUACUUGUAUUGAACAAAAUUGACCGUCUUAUUUUUGAAUGGAAAUUAACCCCUCUUGAUGCAUAUGCACAUUUAGUUCAGAUUUUAGAACAGGUCAAUGCUGUUAUGGGAGAGCUGUUUACAACAGAUGUUUUAAAAAAGACAGAAAAUAAAGCUGAUUCACCUACAACCCAAGAAGAUGGAAAAAAUAAAAUUUUCAAUUGGUGUAGUGGAUUAGAUGACUCAGAUGAUUCUACAGUUUACUUUUCUCCCGAACAAGGGAAUGUCAUUUUUGCAAGUGCAUUGGAUGGAUGGGGAUUUGGGAUCUCACAUUUUGCCAAAAUGUAUGCAUCAAAAUUAGGUGCAAAUGAAGAUGUUCUUAAACAAACAUUGUGGGGAGAUUUUUAUUUUAAUUCAAAAACUAAACAAGUUUUGAAAGGUGCAAUGAUGUUUGAUUCUGUAUGUGUUUCAUGUAUGAAUAAUAAUACAGCUUUGUUGGUCACAUGUUGGGACAAAUUAAUGGCGGAUAAAAUUGUUAAAUCUUUGAAUUUAAAGAUUUCACCUAGAGAUACUAAUCGUAAAGAUCCCAGAAUUUACCUUCAAGCAAUAUUUAGUCAGUGGAUUCCUUUGUCAAGUGCAGUAUUAGAUAUGGUCUGCCAGUUUGUUUCAAGUCCUCUUGAACUGAGUGAAGAAAAAGUGGAAGGUUUAAUGUGUUCUAGUUCAUAUAAAUUUGAUGCAUUACCUCCAGAAACCCGUCAGUUAAAAUCAGACUUUUUGAAAUGUUCCUCAUCUGAAGAAGCUCCUGCUAUUGUAUGCAUAUCAAAAAUGUUUCCUGUAGAAAAGAAAAUGCUUCCUGAAAAUAGACAAAGGCCUUUAACUAAUGAAGAACUGUUGGAACGACGGGAUGAGGCAAGACAGAAACAUUUAGAAAAGAUGUCAGAAAGUAGAUCAGAAACAAUGGAAACUGCACCUGACUCAGCAGAAACACCAGAUUUAUUUUGUGAUACAAAUGAUGCAAGCUGUGAUACUGCCUUUGUUGCAUUUGCUAGAAUUUAUAGUGGAAUUCUUCGCAAGAAUCAACAGUUGUAUGUGCUUGGACCAAAACAUGAUCCUGCAAAAAUAUUGAACUCAGAUCUUCAAGUGAGUGAUAAAAUUACAGUUCAUGACCUUCGACCAGAUCAACACAUUACAUUAGCUACAAUCAAAAAUCUAUAUCUACUUAUGGGCCAAGAACUUAUUGAAUUAGAGGAUGCUUCUGCUGGAAAUGUGAUUGGUAUUGGUGGUUUAGAAGACCAUGUAUUAAAAUCAGCUACUUUAGCCAGUACUGUAGCUUGUCCUGGUUUUGUUGAUCUCCAUUCAUCUACUGUACCAAUUAUGAGAGUAGCCUUGGAACCUGCUCAUUCUAGAGAAAUGCCUGCUCUUGUUAGAGGUAUGAGAUUGUUGAAUCAAGCUGAUCCUUGUGUUCAGGUAUUUGUUCAAGAAACAGGAGAGCAUGUUCUUGUCUCUUCAGGAGAAGUACAUUUGCAGCGCUGUAUAGAUGAUUUGAAAGAAAGAUUUGCAAAGAUAGAGGUAAAUGUUUCAGCACCAAUUGUUCCAUUUCGUGAAACAGUUAUUCCUCCGCCGAAGCUCGAUAUGGUAAAUGAAGCUAUUGAUGUAAAAUCUCAACAGAAAAAAGUACCCAAAGCAGAGGAAAACAUUGAAAAGGAUCUCGAAAAUGAUGGGUACAUCAAACUAAAAACUCCGAAUAAAAUAUCUUGCAUUCACAUGCAUGCAAAACCUCUCCCUUCAGAAAUAACACAAUUUUUAGAAAAGAAUGCAGAUCUGUUGAAAGUUAUUGAUCAGUCAUACUCUUCUUUACAUAGUGACAAUAAUGAUACAUGUCUAAGUUCUGAAACACUUAAAGUUAUAGCAGAAUUUAAAGCUAAAUUAAAUGAUCUUUUUGUAAAAUCUGGAAAUGAAUGGAGAAAUGCUGUUGAUAAGAUAUGGUCAUUUGGUCCCCGUAGAUGUGGACCUAACAUAUUACUUAAUCAAAUACCUAGCUACAGUAGACCUUCAAUAUGGACAGUGAAAGAUCCAGAUUUCAUUCCUGAAUCUCCGCAUUUUAAUUAUGAUAGUUCUUUUAUCAGUGGUUUUCAGCUUGCCUCUCUCUGUGGUCCUUUAUGUGAUGAACCUAUGAUGGGUGUUUGUUUUAUAGUUGAAGACUGGACUUUUGAGAAAGAAGUAUCUUCAAAUACUUGUGAAGAAACUGAAUCUGUUGCUGCAGAUAAACAAGACUUUUCUAAUUCUGUAUUACUAGAUCAUCCUGUGCUACAGACUUUCUCAGCAGAUGCAGCUAGUAUUGCUUCAAGUGGACCUAGUAGUGCUAGUAGCACACCAUUUGGGCCCUUUACAGGCCAAAUAAUGUCAACAGUGAAAGAAGCUUGCAGAAAAUCAUUUCAAGCACAGCCUCAAAGAUUAAUGGCUGCUAUGUAUAGUUGUAAUAUACAAGUGAGGGCAGAGAUAUUAGGCAAGAUGUAUGCUGUUUUGGGACGUCGUCACGGUCGCGUGCUGCACGCUGAUAUGCAAGAGGGUUCGCAGACUUUUCAUGUGAUAGCCGAACUUCCCGUCAUCGAAAGCUUCGACUUCGCGAACGAGAUACGCAAGCAGACGAGCGGGAUGGCUCUACCGCAGCUCGUCUUCAGCCACUGGGAGGUAGUGGACGUAGAUCCCUUCUGGGUCCCGAGGACUGCUGAAGAAUACGCUCACUUUGGUGAAAAGGCCGAUGUUGAUAACAGAGCCAGAAAGUAUAUGAACGACGUCCGCAAGAGGAAAGGACUUCCCGUAGACGAGAAAAUUGUUGAACAUGCAGAAAAGCAAAGAACUUUAACGAAAAAUAAAUAAUUAGCUCUUAGAAAUUCACUUAUUGGCUAUUGGGUUUUAAAUUUCCGACGACUGAAGUAUUUUCAUUUUUGGGAAAAAGGCCAAAAGUUAUUAAAUGGUUGCUUUUAUAAGAAAUCUCUGUAAUACUUUGAAAUUAAAUUAUAUUUAACUUUA